AUGCUUCGUUCUUUCCCUCGCUCUCUUCGAAGAUAUGCCACCUCGGCCCAUCCCGUGGCAAAGUACGAUGUUUGUGUCAUAGGCGGUGGUCACGCGGGGUGUGAAGCUGCGGCUGGGGCGGCUCGAGCUGGGGCACGUACCCUCUUACUAACCCAGAAACUCGAGACUAUUGGUGAAAUGUCCUGUAAUCCGAGUAUUGGAGGAGUGGGUAAAGGGACACUGGUCAGGGAGGUGGACGCACUAGGCGGAGUGAUGGGUCGCGCUGCUGAUGAGGCGGGAAUUCAAUGGCAUAUGCUAAACCGAUCCAAGGGCCCUGCUGUUUGGGGACCUAGAGCUCAAAUGGAUCGGACACUUUACAAACGUGCCGUUCAAUCCACUCUCUCGCGUACUCCAAACCUCGAAACCCGGGCAGCUAGCGUACAUGAUCUGGUCCUCCAACCAUAUAGUUCGGCAAAUCCCCUUACUCAACAAUCAGUCGUUGGACUUGGACGACUGAAAACUGGCACUCCCGCUCGCCUCGACAAACAGAGUAUCAAUUUUCAUGGAUUAGAGAGGCAGGAUGGAGAUAUACCUGCCAGUGGGUUUGCAUAUUGGGGCCCAGGAGUCAAGUACGAGAACCAACAAGUAGCAUGCUAUAAAACGACGACUACGCCUGAGACUCAUCGGAUUAUAACGGGGAACAUUGAUAAGACAAUGCACAUACGCGAAACUGUCAAGGGGCCGCGAUAUUGCCCUUCGCUGGAAGCUAAAGUGUUGAGGUUCACAGAGAAGCUAGGACACAUCAUAUGGCUGGAACCAGAAGGAUUUGACUCGGACUUGAUUUAUCCCAAUGGAUUGUCCAACAGUAUGCCGGAAGAUGUACAAGAACUAUUGGUUCGAAGCGUCCCAGGCCUCGAAAACGCAAAGAUCGUACGACCUGCCUAUGGUGUCGAGUAUGACCACAUUGAUCCACGUGAACUCAACCACACGCUUGAGACCAAACGCAUACGCGGUUUAUUCUUGGCCGGUCAGAUUAACGGCACCACGGGAUACGAGGAGGCUGCAGCACAAGGUGUUUUGGCAGGCAUCAACGCUGGCUUGAGCGCAUUAGGAAAGAAGCCCAUGGUUAUUGGUCGCGCUGAAGGGUACUUGGGGGUGAUGGUGGAUGAUUUGAUUGGAAAGGGUGUAGAGGAGCCUUAUCGAAUGUUCACCAGUCGAGCCGAGUACCGAAUGUCGAUUCGAAGCGACAAUGCCGAUAUGAGGUUGACGCCCAAGGGCCGUGCGGCUGGAGUUGUAUGUGACGGACGAUGGGCCGAGUUCGAAAGUAUGAAGGGGGACAUGGAUCGAGCUGUGGAGCUUCUUGGAGAAUGUGUGCUCAGUCCACAGAAAUGGGAAUCCCACGGCAUUGCCGCAAAGCGAGAUGGAGUUCCAAGGAGUGGCCUUGAAAUGUUACGAAAUCCGGGAAUAAACUGUCAAAAACUGGCUGGGGCGAUCCCUGAACUCAGUAAACUCGAUCCAAAAGCACUCGCACGAGUUGACGUUGAAGGUCAAUACAUGCACCAUCUUAAACGACAAGAGGCCGAUAUUCGAGCGUUCGCGAGUGAUGAGAUAUUGGUACUUGACCCCUCAUUAGAUUAUGAUUCCGUGAUUGGGCUUAGUACAGAAGUUCGGGAACGGCUAAAACGAACGAGGCCGGGAAGUAUUGGCGCUGCGAAACGGAUGGAAGGCAUGACUGCGUCGUCUGCAUACUUCAAACCAAUUGAGACUGAAACUAUGCAGCAGUCUGGUCUAAACCUGCUUUCCCUAGAUGGCGGUGGGAUAACGGGCCUCUCGUCGCUGUUGAUCAUCAAGGAGAUAAUGACUAGAUUGCAAGAAAAAGACCAACAGAAAGCGCUCAAGCCAUACGAGUAUUUCGAUAUGAUUGCGGGAACUGGGACAGGAGCUAUAUCCGCUGUCAUGCUAGGUAGAUUACAUAUGAGCAUUGAUGAUGCGAUCAAGUCCUACCUUCACUUGAUGAGGACUGUAUUCUCUGAACGUAAAUUCACGAUGAAGCGGGAUACGGGCGCAUUCAAGUCGACUGUCCUGGAGAGAGAACUGAAAGAACUUGUCAAUAGGAUGGCCGGGGACCCGAAUGCCACGUUAAUGGGAUCAGCACGAGGCGAGGGAUUACAAUGCAAAGUGAUAGUAUAUGCGAUGUCUUCAUUUAACUUAACUUCUUCUACUCCCAUCCCUUUUCGGUCUUAUUCUUCGGCAACUGUUGCUACUAGCUGCCCAAUCUGGGAAGUGUUACGCGCUACGAUGGCCCAUCCGGAGUUGUUUAAAGGCAUUGAAGUUGAUGUAGAAGGACUAGGUAUACGGAACAGAUUCACCGAUGGUGGGCUCGGAUGUGCCAACCCCACCCCCCAUCUGCUAGAAGAGGCGAAAAAGGAAUACCCUCACAGAGCUGUGGCCUCAAUCAUCAGUAUUGGCACAGGACAUCCCAAGGCAAUUCAAGUUACGACUGGGAAACUUGGGGGCAGCUGGGCUAACAGAGGGCCGGCAAUUGCGAAGGCUAUGCAAGCGGCGCAUGGGAUGGCCGAAGGAAGUGAACGAGUAGCUGAAGAAAUGGCACGGCGUUUCGCAGGUAUUGGACACAGCUAUUAUCGUCUGAAUGUGCAACAGGGAAUUCAGGGAGUAAAAUACGAUGACUGGGAGCGGCUGGACGAAGUUGCAGAGCACACAAGGGUUUACCUGGACCAAGCUGAAAUGAGAUCAAAAUUAAAUAGACUGGUUAACGCAGCCCUCGAAAGAAUCGCAGUCAUGCAAGUGGCUCGGAUAGACGGUCAUAUCGAGAGUUCAACGGAUCCCAUGCAAUAUCAAAUCCGAAGCUGUCCAUCUUCAUCUCAGCGGUUCACUGGACGAGGGUACCACGUAAAGCUAAUUAAGGCUUAUUUUCUAUGUGACUCGCCUGGUCGACGUCUUUUCGUUUUGUAUGGGCUUGGCGGCGCGGGAAAGACACAGGUCGCGCUGAGAUGUAUCGAAGAGCUAAGAGAACGAUUUGUACAUGUGAUUUUUGUUGAUGCGUCAUCGAACAGCAGUAUCCAGACUUCGCUCACAACGAUCGCGCUAAAAAAUAACUUGGGCAAAACACACGAAGAAAUGCUCGAUUGGAUCAACAGGCACAGUCACAACUGUUUAUAUGUACUUGACAACGCCGACGACCCAAAAAUGAGGCUGCAGAGUUACUUUCCACAAAGCGGAGACUACAAUAUACUAGUAACGACUCGAUGCUCAGAGCUUGCAGAUUUGGCAGGCAGCAUCGAUGCAAUAUGUAGCUUAUCCGGGCUGCAAGAGGACGACGCGGUGGAGCUGUUGCUAAGGACCGCAAAACUGAGUCUAGACAAAAUGGACGAACUAGAUAAAGCAGCAAUGCAUAGUCUACUCAAGAGGUUUGACUACUUAGCAUUAGCAGUGGUGCAAGCGGGCGCAUACAUUUGGAAGAUGCAGCUAUCCAUAUCACAAUACUGGGACAGGUACUCGGUUCGCCAGAAAGCCGUACUCGAAAGGGGUAUAGGUAUUGGACUAGAUGGAUACGAGAAGACGGUAUACACUACUUGGGAAUUGAGCCUGAAACAAAUCAGCUCACAUGCCAUGGAGCUGCUGUUCCUCAUCGCGUUCCUACAUCGUGAAGAAAUACUGGAAGAAAUUUUUCAACGAGCAGCACGCAAUAUGCAGAAAGACGAGGACGAAGCUCUACUUAGAAAUGAACAAUCCGCAGUGGAGCAGAGAGUAAAAAAUUUCUUGCGCCACCUAAUAGAAAGUCGGUGGGAGGAUACAUUCACGCUCUACAUGGGUGAACUCAUGUCGUUCUCCCUGGUUACAUAUGACCGCGCAUCCCAAGCGUAUGCGAUCCAUCCAUUGGUACAAGACUGGGCGCAAGAAUCCGCUUCCAAGGAAAUGAUCUCUAUCCAACAUAGCGCUCUCCUCCUUGCUCUAUCGAUUGAUUGGAAUAGGGGAAGUGCUGAUUAUGCUUACAAGCGCCGUAUCUUACCCAACGUCAACUUGAUUUUCAAGGAGUUUCGAUUGCACGAUAUAGACACUCUGGCUCGCUUUGCUGAAGUUUAUCGUAGUGCAGGCCAGUUCAACAACGAAGCAGCAUUAUGGGACCAUGUCGUUAUCACACAGAAACAGCAGAUAGGGGAGCGCCAUCCAAGAACUCUAGCAAACAUCAGCAAUUUAGCGAAAGCAUACCAGGAGAAACGGGAGCUGAAGAUAUCAAAAGAACUUCAAGAGACUGCUUUGGCUGCACAGGUACAGGAACUGGGACAGGAUCACCCCGACACAUUAGAGACUAUGCAUAGGUUGGCGUGGACACUAUAUCUGGAGGGAAAAUACGACAAGGCAGAACCGCUAUUGACCACAGUCGUAACCUCUCGGAAGAAGGUGCUCGAGGAGGAUCAUCUAGAUACGCUCGAAAGCUUAGACGAUCUUGCAGCUAUAUAUGGAUCCCAAGGCCAUCUGGUAAAAGCGGAACAACUUAGAGCAGUAGUGCUGGCGACUCGUAAACGACUGCUCGGAGAAGAUCACGUUGACGUACUGGAAGGCAUGAGCAACUUAGCACAGACGUAUAGCGAGCAGGAUCGAUCGGCUGAGGCAGAAGAGCUAUACAGAACUGCACUUGCUUCCCAGAAGCGAGUGCUAGGAGACGACCACCGAGACACAAUGACCACCAUGCACAAUCUAGCACACACAUACGUCAAUCAAGGUCGAUUGGCUGAGGCAGAAGAGCUAUACAUGACUGUACUUGCUUCCCGCAAACGAAUGCUGGGAGAUGACCACCGAGAAACAAUAGCCACUAUACACAAUCUAGCACAGACAUACGGCAACCAGGGUCGAUUGGCCGAGGCAGAGGAGCUAUACAGGACUGUACUUGCUUCCCUGAAGCGAUUGCUAGGAGAUGACCACCGAGACACAAUGGUCACCAUGCACAAUCUAGCACAGACAUACGGCAACCAGGGCCGAUUGGCCGAGGCAGAAGAGCUAUACAAGACUGUACUUGAUUCCCAGAAGCGAGUGCUAGGAGACGACCACCGAGACACAAUGACCACCAUGCACAAUCUAGCACAGACAUACGGCAACCAGGGUCGAUUGGCCGAGGCAGAAGAGCUAUACACGACUGUACUUGAUUCCCAGAAGCGGGUCUUAGGAGACGACCACCGAUACACAAUGGUCACCAUGUACAAUCUAGCACAUACAUACGGCAACCAGGGUCGAUUGGCUGAGGCAGAGGAGCUAUAUACGAAUGUGGUUAUCACGCGGGUACGAACCCUGGGGGAAGAUCAUCGAGAAACGCUAGAUAGUAUAAUCGGUUUGGUCCGCGUAUACACUCUCCAGCAUCGUUUUGAAGAAGCCGAAGCUCUGGCGAUCCCAACGCUCGAAUCUUGCCGUCGCACACUGGGGCCCAAUCAUUCUUAUACAAUUUACACGAUGGUAUAUCUGGAGGAUAUAUACUCUUUACUAGGGAAGAUUGCUGAGCGGGAUGCUCUCAGAGAAGAGCGUGUUGUCGUUGAUUUUUCCGAUUUAGACUCGUAG